AUGAUUAGAUAUAAUUGUUCUUUAGAUAAUUUGGUUAUUUUUUUAAAAAAAGAGAAAGUUCAGGAAAGACUUGCAAAGAAAAAAAAUUCUUUACCUAAAGGAAGUACUAGAAAUCAGGAAAUUGAAGAUAAUCUAUAUGAUGAAAGAAUACAAAUAGAAGCCCAAGAACAAACUCCACAGAAAGUUGUGGCUGAAGUAGAACAACAAGAUACAUUAACUGAAGCAUUACGGGACAGAGUAAAAGAAAAGCUGAAAACUGUCAAGGCUGCGCAGGAAAAAGAUUUUUCUCACAAACAAAAUUCUGCCGCAGGAUUUCAAAACAAUCAAGAAAUAAAUGCUGAGAAUGAAGUACCCUUAGAUGAAGGUUUUGAAUUUUUUACAUCAACUUUUGAAGACCACUCCAAUAUGAAAGAACUUGAUACAAAUUUUGAGCAGAAAUCAACAGAUGGCUGCCUUCAAAACAUCUGUAGCUUAAAUGAGCAAACUCCACUGCUUGUCCAUGUGAAAGAAAUGUUGACAGAAUUAGUUGAAGUAAAAUCACCUGCCUGUAAUUUCAAUAAAGUAGACAAGGAAAAGGGAUGGAACCAACUCUUUAUUCCAAGCACAUCACCAGUUAUACAUAGCUGUAAGCUACCAAGCAAUAUGUUGCCACGACUCCUAGAAGAGGAAGGAUUUUACAUUCCAAGAAAGCCUUAUAUUCCUAGGAAGAUGUACCACAAAAUGGAGAAUCGCCUUCAGCAAGAAGGGGCAAAAAGCUGGUUUGAAGAAAGUGGGGAAAUAAUAUCAUUACCUUCUCCAAUCAAGCAAUCAAGCCAUCACAUAAUGUCUUUCCCUGUUAAGAUUGUCGCAGAAUUAAAGACAAUAUACAGAAAGGCCACACAACCAGAGUUGGAAAAUUGUACCAAGUUUGAAGACUGUAAAAUGUAUCAACUAGAUCUUAACAUAUCAAGUAUUGUCUUCAGUCAUCAUUAUCUUUUUAACUGUGAGCAAGUGUUGGCUGUUAAGUUGCUUGAUGUUUAUGAAUGUUUUCAGAAAAGACAAGAGCAAAAUGUUACUAACUUGCUUUCUGAAAAACUAAAAGCCUUAAUAAGUGCAACAAAACUAGCUGAAACAAAUUUAAAAACAGGCCAGUUGAGUACAAACAUUGUAAAGGAUUACAGAUCACAAAUAAGAAAUACUAAAAUAUUAUAUGACAAGGAACAACAACGAGAUUAUUCUUUAAUACAAAAUAUGCUGAAAAUGUGGAAACAGAUGAAGAUUUUACGCAGACAACAAGGCUUUACCAGUACAACUAUAAAGAUUCAAUUUCAAAGUUAAGUGUAUAAGGCAAUCAAAAUGCAAUUAGAAU